CAUACGACAAGAUGUCUACAUCAAGAAUCAUCCAACUCGCCCAACUAAUCAGCUCUCAAACCUCUAUCAUUGACAGCCAUCUUCAAAUUAACAACCUCCCUCAACCAUCAUUCGACCAGAAUGGUCCCACAGAACCAAUCCAGAACGAGACGCCGGAAAUCCAAAGAGCAAAGACAGAUGUAAUUGAAGCAGCCAUUGAAUUGAGGCAGUUACUCGAGGGGCCAUUGAAACUUCUUCUUCCUGAGUCAAAUUUCUCCCCUCUUGUAGCUGUACAUCGCUUCAAGAUCGCAUCUUAUGUGCCUCUAGACUCUAUAAUCUCAUUUAAAGUCCUAGCGACCAAAUGCGGUGUUCAAGAACAUGACCUCAAACGCAUAAUCAGGUACACAGCGAUCCAUCAUCGGGUCUUUGUUGAACCCACAAAGGGCGUUGUAGCGCACACCGCUGCCUCGAGACUUAUGGUUGAGAAUCCUGUUGCCGGACAUCUUACGGGGUUGACGUUUGAUGAGUGUUGGCCGGCGCAUAAUCAUGCAGUAGAAGCAAUAUCCCAGCAGAGUAACCGGGCCAAUAUAUCGGGAUAUGCACUGGCUAACAACACACCACUAAACACAUUCCAAUACCUCUCCCAGCACAAAGAGCGCGCAACACGAUUCGCGUUCGCCAUGGCGACGACGUCAAAGGCUAGUCUCGAUGCUCUGAGUACCCAUUUCCCAUGGCAUACACUUCCAUCAAACAGCAAAAUCGUCGACGUGGGCGGAUCAAAGGGUCAUGUCUCUCUCCAUCUUGCGCGCACAUAUCCGCAUUUGAGGUUCAUAGUGCAGGAUUUACCGGAGGUAAUUGACGGUGCUGUUGAUCAGUUACCUGAAGAUGAUGAGGCAGUAGUAACCUGCAAGGAGAAAAUUGAGUUUAUGGCUCAUGAUAUGUUUGACGAACAACCCGUCAAGAAUGCAGAGGUUUACCUGCUUCGAUACGUGCUGCAUGAUUGGGGCGAUGAGUACUGUCUUGAGAUUAUCAGAAAUUUGAUUCCGGCGCUUAAGACAGGGGCGAAGAUUGUGGUUCAGGAUCAUGUUUUGCCGGAACCGGGGACGAUGGGGUUGUUGCAGGAGAUGCAGAUGAGGUCGAUGGAUGCUAUAAUGAUGUCUCUAUUUAACUCGAGGGAGCGAGAGGCAGAUGAAUGGGAGGAUUUGUUCAAGCGGGCUGAUGAGAGCUUUGGAAGAAUUAUUGUUAAUAGGAUUGGGGAGAAUGGGUCUAGUGGAGUUAUUUCUGCAGAAUGGUUGGGAUAG